UCUUUGCCUCGAUUCAAGCCAAGAUGAUCCUCUGAACAUAUUUACUUGGAAUUCCUCCUUUUUUUUCUGCAGCAUUGCAAGCUUCUGAUGAUGUGUUGAGUGCAACACGAAAGGCCUAGAGCUAUCAUUCACUUCUCCCCUCCCUGUGGUUGUUCUGUAUUUUGUAUCACUUGUUCGCGAUUAUUGCAUAAUGGGCAACAUAUUUCCCCACCCCGUGACUGCCUGUAGUCAGUGUCAGGAUCUUCAUCAUCCCCAACAAGACGCUGUACUCACCUAAUUAUACUUCUUGUGUCAUGGCUACGAAACGUUUAGCUGAAGAGCUUGGUUUGGUACAAAAGAGGCAAGUAAAGAGAAUGUCACAGUCUACAAGUAAAGUAAACCAAAAAUUUGAGUACUUGAUUGUGUUAGACUUUGAAUCAACAUGCUGGGAUACUUGGCCUCCAGCUGGACAAAAUGAGAUCAUUGAAUUUCCAGCUGUGCUUCUUGACCUCUCAUCUGGAAAUACUCUUUCUGAGUUUCAUGAAUACGUAAAGCCUACAGAACAAUCAAUACUCUCUUCAUUUUGCAAAAAUCUCACAGGGAUAACUCAGGAACAAGUUGAUGCUGGAAUUCCACUGGGAGCUUGUCUGUGUUUGUUUUCGACAUGGAUUCAGAAGUUGUGUGAGCAGUACCAGAUGUCUUUUAACAUCAGUGUCCCUGGGAAACAUGUCACGUUUGCUACUUGGUCUGGUACGAUUAUGACAGUGACGAUGCAUAGUAGUAGUAGUGGUGUGUUAAUAAGAAGUACUAAAUCCAUAAUGGUCACACAUCACCUGGGGAAUGGUAGGUAAUCAGGCUUGACCCAA